AUGUGGUACUAUUUUAACUGUGGCUAUGUGAUUGUGGUGUUGUAUUUACCUUUCUCAUUGUCAAAUCCAUCUAUUAUUGUCAAAUCGCUCCUCCUCCUCACAUGUCUGCAGAGAUAUAGUGUCUCCUUGGAGCAGUGGCAGGUUUCUCUCAUCUGGUCCUUCACUGUGUCCGUUUUCUGCAUUGGGGCGCAGCUGAUCUCAAAAUUUGGCAGAAAGCAAACCCUUUUGUUCAGCAAUUUUGUGGCUAUAAUUGGAGCUGUGUUGAUGCUCUUGAGCCAAACAUCUGUGCCUUUUGAGAUGAUCAUGGUGGGACAAUUUCUCUAUGGCAUCAAUUCAGGAUUCAAUCUUGUAGCUCAUACCGUGUACCUUGUUGAAUGAGCCCCCAAGAGGCUGCGAGGGAUGGUGGGCGUAACCAUCGCUACCUUCCUCUCCUUGGGGAAGUUCAGUGGUCAGUCCUGGGGAUCAGGUGAGUUCAUGAUUAUUGAGAAUACAGGCAACAGAGGAUACAUGGCAAUGUUUGCAACACUGAUCCUCCUCACCAUCACUCUGUACCUGCAAAGUUGGGUCUCCUGGAUGCCGUAUUGCCGCAUGGUCCUCAUUUUCUUCUUCAUUUUCUUUUUUGCCGGUGGACCAGCUGGAGCAUCAGAAAUAUUAACUCUGUCAUUCAAAUCAGCAGGAAACACCCUCGGCUGCACUCUCAACUGGAUAAGCAUGUUUUUGCUGGGACUGCUCUUCCCUUUCAUAGGGGAGACAAUUAAUUACUUUUGUUUUCUCAUAUUCCUGUUUGUCUGCACCGCCUGUGGGCUGUACAUGAAGUUUAAUGUCCCUAAGACCAAGAAUCUGACAGCGCUGGAGAUUUCUGCGUUUCAGAGGAUGCACUGUCAAUCUGGAGGAUCACAUAAGAAAAAAAUCCCCUGA